UAUAUGAAUCUGAAUUUGACAGCCAACUGUGGAUUAUUUUUGACCAGAACAAAAGACAGAUGGGUUCAGGUGAUGCCUAUCCACAUCAGUAUUCUUUGAAACUGGAGAAAGGAGAUUAUACAGUUCGACUGCAGAUUCGCCAUGAGCAAAUCAGUGAUUUGGAACGCCUUAAAGACCUUCCAUUUAUUGUUUCUCAUAGAUUGUCUAAUACCUUGAGCUUAGAUAUUCAUGAAAAUCAUAGUUUUGCACUUCUAGGGAAGAAGAAAUCAAACAAUUUGACAUUACCACCCAAAUAUAACCAGCCAUUCUUUGUUACUUCCUUACCUGACGAUAAAAUACCUAAAGGGGCAGGACCUGGAUGCUAUCUUGCAGGAUCCUUAACAUUGUCAAAGACUGAACUGGGAAAGAAAGCUGGGCAGUCUGCAGCAAAACGACAAGGAAAAUUUAAAAAGAGUAAUGCAGAAGUCACUGACCAUCAAGGAAUCCAGGAUGAUAAGUGCCAGAGGGUCCUUCUUCAUUAUCAAAACCUGGGGACAUUGGCCAUGGUCGUCCACCAG